UCCUCCAGUCCUCCCUAUCCCUCCCAUCCACCCCCGCCCCGCCCCCGCUGGACACGUCGGGGCGGAAGUCUCGGUCCGCUCCACCGCAGGGGCCCCGCAGAUUUCAGCCACCCCCCUAGAGUCCGAGCCGGAAGGAAGUGGAGUGGACCGGGCCGGAGCCGGCCUCCUCCGAGCCGGGUCCGAGUGGCAGCCACGGUCUCUGGAACCGACGCUCCAGGGGCCGAGGAGGAUGAGGCCGAAGAGGUGGCUGCUCCCGGCCGCGGCCGCCCUGCUCUGGGGCUUUCUGCUAAGGAUGACAGCAGCUCAGGAAGGAAUCAUACAUGCAUAUGGAAAUGGAACACCAUUACCAUCUAAGGACUACUGCAUGCUAUAUAAUCCCUAUUGGACAACUCUUCCUACUACAAUAGAAAAUGCAACUUCAUUUAGUUUGGAGAAUCUGACCACACCACUCUGCAACCUUUCUGACAUUCCUUCCCCAGGAAUAACAAACAAAGUAGUUGCAGUAUCAUGGGGCACCUGCGAGUUUCUGGAAAAAGCUAAGAUUGCACAAAAAGGAGGUGCUAAAGCAUUGUUGGUUGCCAAUGGCACUUUACAAUUUCCUCCAACAGGAAACAAAUCUGAAUUUCAAGAUGUGAGCCUAUUGAUUGCAUUUAUGAGUAACAAAGACUUGAGAGAUAUGCAGCAGACUCUUGGAAAUAACAUUUCUGUGAAAUUGUAUUCACCACCACGGCCUAAAUUUGACUAUACUAUGGUGGUCAUCUUUAUAAUUGCUGUGUCAAGUGUGGCCUUAGGAGGUUACUGGAGUGGUGUCAGUGAAUUGGAGGACAUGAAGGCAGUGACAAACACAGAAGAAAGAGAAACAAGAAAGAAGGAAGACUCUUUAACUUUUACUCCACUUACAGUUAUAAUAUUUGUGGUUGGCUGUUGUGUUAUAAUGAUCUUACUUUAUUUCUUCUACAAGUGGCUAGUCUAUGUUAUGAUAUCCAUUUUCUGCUUGGCAUCUUCAAUGAGUUUAUACAAUUGCCUUGCACCACUGAUUAGGAAAAUACCAUGUGGACGAUGCAGGAUUGUAUGUGGCAGCAAAAGCUUUGAAGUGAGACUUCUCUUUCUUGCAGCAUUUUGCAUAUCCCUGGCUGUUGUUUGGGCUGUAUUUCGAAAUGAUGACAGAUGGGCCUGGAUUUUACAAGAUCUUUUGGGAAUGGCUUUCUGUCUGAAUCUAAUUAAAACAUUGAAAUUACCCAACUUUAAGGCAUGUGUAAUACUUCUAGUCCUCCUUCUCAUCUACGAUGUAUUUUUUGUUUUCAUAACACCAUUCAUCACAAAGAAUGGGGAAAGUAUCAUGAUCGAAGUUGCAGCUGGACCUUUUGGAAGCAAUGAAAAGAAUGGUGGAAACUUGGUGGAAGCCACUGCUCAGCCCUCAGCUCCCCAUGAGAAAUUGCCAGUCGUUAUCAAAGUACCAAGACUGAUAUAUUUCUCUGCAAUGAGUGUGUGUCUAGCACCUGUUUCAAUAUUGGGUUUUGGAGACAUUAUUGUUCCAGGUCUCCUGGUUGCUUAUUGUCGAAGAUUUGAUAUCCAUGUUGGUUCUUCUAUCUACUAUGUUUCCUGUGUAAUUGCCUAUGCUGUGGGCAUGUUGCUCACAUUUAUAGUUCUGAUACUGAUGAAGCAGGGGCAGCCGGCUCUUCUUUACUUAGUACCUUGCACACUUAUUACUGUUGUGAUUGUUGCUUGGAGGCGUAAGGAAAUAAAAAAGAUCUGGAAAGGCACUAGCUACCAGAUGAUGGAAAACUUGGACUCUGGAGCUAGUGAAGAAAAUGUGACAACCGAUCAACAAACUGUCAGACAGUGAUAUUAGGUGAACCUGCAAUAAUCUAUUGUAUACAUUUUUCUACAGAUAGACAAUGAAGUUUGAUUUUUUUAAAUAUGAAUUUUGAAUGGGAAAUUUGAAAGAAUCUUUAAUAAUUUGUAAUGCUUGCAUAUGUAUUUUUUUAUGAGCUUGUACAAAGUACAGCAUAAAUAAUUAAAAUGUAUUUUAAGAGCCAAAAUGUUAGUUGUGCCUUCACAUUAAAUAAAAACAUAUGGUCUGUGCAAUUUUCAAAUGCAUUGUAUGCAGAAUAUUUUUUUCUAAAAGCAUAUCUUGCCCCUGGGCCUCUGGUUAAAUACUUUUCUUCUGGCUUCAAUUUGGUUCCACGACUAGUGACAAAUUGCUAUUUUUGUCACAGUGAGCCUUUGAACAGAUUGUACUAUUAAAGAAUCACACAAAUAGCUUACUAGUUCUUAAAUAUAUGUAGAAAUAACUAAAAUAUAGAAAAAGCAGUUCCCUAUUUUUAAAUAAUUAAUAACUGACCCUCUCAGGUAAGCAGGGCAUAGAAUGUUGGAGUUGGGAAAUAUGCACAAAAUACUUUUUUUAUGUAAUGUAGUACAAGUAAAACAACUUUAAAAUUGGGAGCCAAUUAAGGAUUUAAUAUAGCAUAUCUUGUUAUAACCUUUUUUCCAAGAGCUGAUGAAGAAAGAAGUGACUAAAAUUUUAGUCACCAACACCAAAAAUUAAAUCUGUUUUCUAAUAGCUUAUCAUGCCUUGACAUGGUAACUUUCAUUUUUUCAUUAACAUUAGAUUUUGUUUGGGUGGCUGUAAUCGUGUGGUAGCCUGAUAACAUACAAAGUGUGAUGUGAUGGAAGGAACACUAAAUUGUCAAGAAACUCAAUUUUAGUCCCUCUAGCCACAUUAGUUUCUCUGUCUUUGUUUCUUCACCUGUGAAAGGAUUAGAUUAGGUGAACUCUGAAGUCCCAUUCCUGCUCUAAUGUUCUAUGAUUUAAGGCUCAUUGCAUUGGGAAUCUGGCAAUUAAUCCAAAGACAUAAAUCCAGGUCUUCUAGAGGUCAGUGAGUCAAAAAUCACCUUUAUACCUUUUUUUUUUUUUUACUUUUGCUCUUCCUAUGAAUCCCUUAACAAAGGCUGAUUGUGCAACUGCCAAGAUAGUACAGUUCAGUAAAUAAUUUACAAAAUAUGUAUGAUAUGUAGCUGUGAUCUAUUUUUAAGGACAAAGUAUAACUUACUGAGUCAUAGCUAACUUUUCUCUUUCAAAAAUCAGAGUAUGAUACAGACAAAAUUUGGACCAUAAGGGAAUUUGGUUCUUUGGUUUAAUGUUUAACUUUGCAUUAGUUAAUUACCAAUGGAAGGAGCUAAAGUGAUUUAAGCAUAGUUUCUUAAAACAAUUCCCUUUAGGCCAUCUGAACACCAGGACCACCCUUAUUUUUGCCUAGUGUAUUUAACAAUCAGAGAGCCAUAGAAUUUAAGAACUGGUGGGACCCUUGAGAAUAUUCUAGCCUUAUCCUUCAGUUUGAAAAUGAAGAAACUAAAGUCCAAAGAGUUUGUGAGCCAAGUUAAUGCUUGUUAGUGGCCUAACUGGGACCAAAACCUAGGUUUUUGUAGGUUCUUAUCAAAUGAAUGCCUUAUCUAGGACAAAAAAAUUAAGCUUGGCUUCCUAAAACAGUUUCUUAUUGAGAAUCCAGUUUAUUUGGUAGACUCUGAUAGUGAAAGAGAGAAUAAGAUUAAAUUGCUUGAAAAGCUUUUUAUAUUUUUUAUAUUUUGAUGUAUAAUGUCAAUAAAAUUUUUCAUCUAACAGUUCUUUUGCAAAAAUUCUAUUUCAGCUAAACUCUGACAGUUAAAGCCUUAAAACUUGAUAGGCACUUAUCAUUUUCUGCUUUAUCACAUUAAGCCAAAAUUGCUUGUGAUUUUUUUUUCUGCUGCAUAUGCCUUAAAAUAAAAAUUCUGUUUCAUGUAAUUGAAAUAAUUAUUUAUAAUAAUUUUAAUUUAAUAAUCUUUAUAUUUCUUGAGAUUUCUUCCAGUUUGAAAAUGUGAGCUGAUAACAUUUCCUUUAUUGCUAAGCAUUGCUUUAUCACUGCUUUCAGUGGUAAAACUUUUUGUUAAAACUAUCAAAUAAACUCAGAAAGAGGAAAUUAUUUUUUAACUCUCAUGACAGGCAACAUGUUUUUAAAAAGUUAGAUUGGUCAAUGCAAUAACUCAAAUGUAACUUAACAAGUUAACUAAAAAUAAUGUGCAGUUGUUAAAGAAGGUAAAUUCAAGUCUUGUUUUAACUUUAUAAUUUUAAGGAGCACUGUACAAAAUUACCUAAUCACUUAAAGUAAAGUUUAAAACAAUCUCAGUGAAUAAAAAUUAGAGGACAAGAUUUAGUAUUAGAAGUUCACAUUUUCUUUUUUCCCCUAUUAGUUUCAAGAGAAACAAAGUUUCCUUUUUGAGCUUAUCUUAUAAAACAAUAAACUUGUAUUUACUUGUCCUUAACACCAAUAGCAAAAAAUUGUAACUAGUAUAAGAUAUAUAAAACUAUUUAUAGAUUAUUGACUAUUCCUCUAUAUGAGAUAUGUAUGUAAAUGUUUUGUACAUAUAACUUUUAUUUAUUUAGAUUCAGAUACUACUGAAGUGUGAAGCCAUUGAGGUGGGGGAAAGGAUCUCAACAUUCCCUUCCUUUUAGGUUUUCCUAAAAUCGAAUUAUGAAAUGUGCACUUGAGAAUCCUUUUAACUUCCCGAUCCUUUUAUUUCAACUUGCAUAAAAACUUAACUUUUAAAUUAUUUCUUAGAGGGUGAGUUCUGUGGCUGCCUUUUUUUUUUCCAGUGAGAAUUUUGGCCUAGCUAUUGGCCUAUGCACACAGAGGCCAAUGGGAAGUGGGCAUAUUUAAAGAGAAUUUUGCAAACCCUUUCUACUCACAGUACAGGGCACAUAACAGGUGCUUGGUAGAUGUUCAUUGAAUUGAAUUCUGAUUUCUGCAUUGAAAAAAAUUAUUUUAGUCUUUCUGAAUAUUAAACAUUUGAAUCAGUGUAUAUGUGCUUAGUUACUGAAACUUCUAUCGUGAUCUUGGCCAAUGAGAUUUUUUUAAAAGGCUGCUUUUCAUUCUAGUGGAAGACGUUGGAUUAGGAGUAUUUUCUAUUUCUCAUGGAUACUGACUGAUUAUAUGAUGUUGGGCAAGUCUAUAUUGCACAAACACGGCUUUUGACCAAUUUUAGGUCAAAUUCAAUCAGCUUUGUUGUUUUUGUCUACAUAAUGUCAAAUCAGGCUUGCAGAUUUAAUGUUCAACUUCUUUUUCAUUUUGUAGAUGCUUGGUCCUCUGACAAUUUAUGUAAA